AUGCAUUGCCCUUCUACCAUGUCUCCAUCGACCCUCCCCUCUUGCAUCCUUGGGUGGGUGUUUGUUCCGCGGCCGCUAGUGUGGACGGUGUUGGGGACCUAUUGGAUCAUGGGCUUAUUUUACGAAUGGGCCCAUUUUAGCGUGCACACCCGCGUGAGGCCUCGCACUGCGCUUGGGAAAGCCAUCAAAGCCCACCACACCAAGCAUCAUCUCCUGGACGAGCGCUUUUGGUUCGCGUUUUCCUGGCCAAUGAUCGACGCCUCGCUCGGUACAGUGCCAGCAAAAGAAUUGGAAGGAAAGGAAGCACGAGCAAAGAAAGCCAAGAAGAGAAGAGGAAGUAAGGGCUUUCCGAGCAAGAAGGGUCCUAUGUGAAGAAAUGAGAGCGUUGGGUCUUGUGCAGUGCUCCGGCUGGAUGGGAAGGCACUGUAGGGGGCGUCACCCACGUGGAGUGUAACAGUAACAUUUGUGCAUGUGUGUGUAAAAGGAGGAGGAGGAGGUAACGAUUGUCGGCACAAAAAGCAGGGCCGGGGCAUCAAAUGCGUAUGACU